CGCGUCGGCUAUUCUUAGGCUGUCUGUCCCUCACCCUCAGCAACCCUGCAGACGUUCCUCAGCACCACCAGAGCCACCAGAGGGUGUUUGUCCUGACGAGUGGGCGCAGACACGGAGGUGAAGCCGGGACUGACGGAGGAAGUACCAGUCAGGACAAAAGGAUAGCAGGGGAGGACGCAGAACAAGGGAAGGCCGAGCAGGAGGAGAAACCACACAGCCAGCAGGAGUUGUUAUCAGGGGGAGUGUUGAAUUAGAAUCCAAGAUGAGUGCGUACACAGUGACUCUGAGUGGCCCUGCUCCAUGGGGCUUCAGACUACAGGGCGGAAAGGACUUCAACAUGCCGCUCACCAUCUCCAGGAUAACUCCGGGCAGCAAAGCAGCAGGCGGCAGCCUGGCCCAGGGUGACAUCAUCUCAGCCAUAGAUGGGGCGAGCACUGAUGGGAUGACACACCUGGAGGCUCAGAACAAGAUCAAAGCUGCCUCCACCAAACUGAUGCUCUCCAUGCAGAAAUCAAGACGCCCUGCACCAGUCCCCACAGCAACUCCAAGAAUGGACUCACCCAUGCCAGUCAUCCCCCACCAGAAGGUUAUCGCAAACACAGCUGCAAAUGUGGAGUACACUCCCAGCUUCAACCCCAUAGCUCUGAAAGACUCUGCCCUGUCCACCCACAAGCCCAUUGAGGUGAGAGGUCCGGGCGGCAAGGCCACCAUCGUUCAUGCCCAGUACAACACGCCAAUCAGCAUGUACUCGCAGGACGCCAUCAUGGACGCCAUCGCAGGGCAGUCACAGGCCAAGGGACACGAGGGUGAGGAGGCCGGCUCCCCCCUGGCUGGGGCUGCUCUGCCCGUCAAGGACCCUGUGGUAGACUGUGCAUCUCCCGUGUACCAGGCAGUGAUCAGGCCAGACGCAGUAUCUCAGGACAUGUCUGAAUGGGCUCGUCGUGCUGCCAACCUGCAGUCCAAGAGUUUCAGAAUGCUGGCCCACAUCACCGGCACUGAAUACCUGCAAGACCCAGAUAUUGAAGCCCUGCAGAAGUCGAGAGACAAGUUUGAGUCAGAGAUGAGAGGACCUCGCUUUGCCAAGCUGAAGACCUGGCACAACGGACUGUCUGCACAGAUCCUCAAUGUCCAGAAUUAAAGAGGAGCAGGACAGACGAGAGAGAGAGAGAGAGGGAGAGAGAAAAAAGAGAGAGAGCGAGAGUGCGAGAGGAGGACCUGGACAAAAGCAGAGGAGUUUACAGGAAGAGGAUAAAUAGCAGAGAAAAAAAAAAGGCAGGAGGAGGAGGAAGGAACUCCUCAGCGAUGUGAGAUAGUGUUGUAGUAGAUUAGUAGAAUGUGAGACACUGUUAGUGUGAGAAUGCGUAAUGUGUUCAAAGGAUCAGUAUUACCUGUCAAAUGUGUCUGUCUGCUGCUAAGAUCUGAUCUGGCAUUUAGGUUUGUCUUUUUUUCUUUCUUUUUUUUCCUGUUUGGAUUCUGUCUCUCUUAAACGAAAGGGAAAUUGUACAAAAAAUAACGAGUAUUUCAAGUGACAAACACAGAACUGAUCACGUUUCUUCUACGCCACCCAGUGCAUAAACCACCAAGUCGUGAUUUACAAACACCGUCAGCAGCAUGCGUGCAAGACGAAGACACAAGGAUAAACACACACUUUGACAUUUAUCUAUAUGCACAAAUACUGUAUGUAUAAAAAACAAACAAACAUAUGCACUCAAAAAUGUAUUGAUAUCAAUGUGAAUAAAUAUUUUCUUAAAACUAAACAACCGAGUGAUUACGAGUGUUACAAAUGAAAUGUGUCCCGACUGACAGACAUCAUUCAGCUUUUGACAGGAUAAUAUGAAGAUAAUAUGAUGAGCUGGUGGCUCCAUGGACAGUAACAAAGCUUCAAAAACUCCUCCAUGAGCGACUUAAGACCAUCACUGCCACAUUGUCAGAGCUUAUUUUUGUUUGUUUUUACAAAUCUGCAGAGCUGCAGACCUCGUGCUCAGACUUGACCAUUUGGAAGUGCAGAAAACUAAUAACAGACCAUAUUUCUUGCAAGCACUUUACACACUAAGCUGACACACACACACACACACUGCAGCACUAUUUUCAUUUAUGUUUUGUGCUCUCAAAUGUUAACCCAGUAUUUAUUGUCCUUUGAGCUCUGCAUUUGGUCUCCUCCUGAGGUAAACGGCUGAAUGUACCACCCAUAAGUGUGUAUGUAUAGUGUAUAAUUACUUUAAAAUAAAGACUCCUUGGAUUUCUUA